GCGAGCGCUUGUGAGCCAGCUCCUGUCCAUUCACGGCUCUUUGUAGGGAGAAACAGUGCGCACUGCCCAGUGCAUCACUGAGACAUCACAAACACAGGUCCACGGACGACCAGACCAGGGGGGUCUGCUUCUGACCUGAUCUGAGAGUGAGGUGAAAGGGGACAAGAGAGGAUAGGGACACCGCCACUCCACAUCCACCACCUUCCUGGAAAACAUUGACCAAGAGGUCCACAAGAAGAUACUGGACCGUCCCAAGAAGUGUAUCUAGGAGUUGAGAGCGACAUGGAUCACUGGAUCAAACUGACCAGCUGAGAUAGCAAUUUACUGCGGGAGAGGGGAACUCUGUUUUCUUCUGAAAAGUUACACUGAAAAAAUGAGCUGUUCCUGGAACGAACACAGGGACGCAGCAGCUGAAAGAUUUUCUCCUCGUCUUUCCUGAACUUUCAAGAUUGUCAUUCAUGGCGUGAAAUUGAGAUACUCUUUUACAGCAGCGUCUUGAAUUGUCCCAUCAGUAUUCUUCAUUCACCAGCUGGCGUUUAUCUUGUUUUCCCAGCUCUGUCUGAGUAUCUGGGUGGAAAGAACUCUCACAGAGCAGGAUCAUGUUUUUCGUCUGAAGCCCUAAAACUUUGUAACCGCUGACUGAAUAAAAAGACUGUUAGAAAUAACAGAAAAUGAUGCUAGCCUGGCGUCUAUGCGGGGAGAUUUUCUGACUGGACUUGGUCGUGCAGGAAAGAACCGAGGACGGAAGCCAUGUUCACAGGUUGCGGAGUUGCCGGUUUCCAGACCCAGUACCAGAUCCCAGCCCCUGUUGGACCCCAUACAGCCCUGGAGGUGAACAGGCAGGUCCAGGUGGAGGUUGGGGUGACCCCGCAGAUGUUUCCUCCCUUCCAGGGUCAGGCGUACUGUGGACAUCCUCCCUCCACAUCCCCCUCCACCGCGCCAAACAGCAUCUCUACGUCGUCGCAGACCUCACUCCCCAUUCCUCCUCCUCCCGCCGCCCUCAAACUGGGGCAAGGGGGGUUCAAGAAGAUGUGUCGCACUGAAGAGGAUGGUCCCUGCCCAUUCCCAGGGCUGCCAGCAGGGGUUUUGGAGAUGCGCGUCAAGGAGGGCAGUAAGAUCCGCAAUCUGAUGGGCUUUGCCAUGUCUCGCAUGCAGGGGGAGAGGGGGGAGGUGCCUGGCGGUGCAGCCAUGGGGGUCAGCGCCAGGGGAGGCGGGGUUGGGGGUGGUCUGAGGCAGGUGGUGUUCACCGGCUCGGGGCGCGCAGUUACCAAGACGAUCACAUGCGCGGAGAUCAUGAAGAGAAAGGUGGGGGGCCUGCACCAGAUGACCAAGCUGCGCUAUAAGGGCGUGAGGGAGGUGUGGGAGAGCCAGGAAGGGGGCGCCUCGGAGAUGACGGUGCACAGGACCGUGCCCUCCAUCAGCAUCCUUCUCUCCAAAGACUCCUUGGACCCCCAGGAAGCCGGUUACCAACCUCCAGAGACCCUCAGUGCUCUCUGGGAGGAGAGAGACGGGGCCGGGGAGGGUGCCCCACAGGCAGCUAGCAAGAGAACACUAGGUGUGUCUCCCCGUAGCAGCCACCCUGACAGCAAGCGAGUGUGUCUAGGGGAGGGAGGAGUAGGAGGGGGGUCUGGUCUUACCCCUCGCUGACUGACUUGGCUGGACUAUUGAGGGGCAGUAGAGGGGAAUGGAAGUAGAGGGGAAUGGAAGUAGAGGGGAAUGGAUCAGGGAAGCUCACUCAGUCCUGCCCUCCGCCCUAGCACAAAGUACACCAGACAAUCAGAGCACUCACUCAGACGGAACCGAGCUCUCUGAGCAGAACUGAACACACAGGCCCCUGACUGCACAAGUCAGCCUGAAAUGGGGCCGGAAGUUCUGUACAUAUGGGGGCUUAUGGAAUGCAACUACACUGUAAGCCCAGUGCAAUGUUUUUUUCGUUGUCAUGCCAACAGAAUUUGAAAUGACGGCUGUCAUGCCGAAAGAGCUUGAAUAGCUUCCUUUCUCUUACACAAUAUCAGCACCACAAAACACAAGAAGUGACUAAAUUAAAUUUUAGUCGUCCUUCUCUUUCUUUAUAAGAUGUUGCUUAUUUUAUUUUUAGUCUUGUUUUAUCUGUAUAGUGUAUUAUCAAAACGUAAAAGGUGGGUCCUCAACAUUUAAAUGAUUAUCGAUAAGUAUGCUUAUGUUUGUUCAAAGACAUCAACAAUGACAAAUGUAACACAGUAUAUUCAUGGAGUUUUGUUUUGU